AGAACUGUCACGCGGUACGUCUGUUCGCUUGCUCUCACCGUUGUGCGGUGCCUCAGCGAGUGUGCGCGGGGUGUAGACGCUUUUUGCGGAUUCAGGCGGUCAUUAAACGCAGAUACAAUUACCCCUCUGCCAAAAAUGCAACGCGCCCGCGUCUCUGCCGGUGGCCGACUGCUGGCUGGUCGUUUGCGUGCGCUGCCUUCCUCCAUACCCGUGAAGGCCCGCGCUUCAGUUUCCCUUCCGCCGAGGGACAUGUGGUGCGGGGUGCCUGCCCUGCACACGAGCUACCGCUUCACCUCUUCAUCGGCAGCGUCGGCCGCACCCCGUCCAGGGCAGCACAGUUUCUACCACGUCCUCGGCGUGGACACGGAUGCGACGCCGCUGGAGGUGAAGGCGUCCUACCGCCAGCUCGCCCUCCGCUUCCACCCCGAUGUGGCAGACGAGGAACACCGGACUCAGUCGGAGGUGCUCUUCCGUCGGGUGUCUGAGGCGUACGAGGUGCUGUCCGAUCCGGUGAGGCGCCGUGCACACGACCACGAGCUGGGCAUCCAGACGCGUCGCAAACAGGGCACAGCCGCUGCCGCUGCUGGCGCGUCUUCGUCGUCCUCCACUUCUGCGGCACGCGCACGCAAACCAACUGGUGCCGCCGGCAACGGAAGCGCGCGCAAGAAACACAAAGCUUCACCCGCGUCUGGCGCGUCUGCGCGGCAGCGACAGCAGCAGCAAUCCAGCCGCUAUCGCAAGCCGUUUGUCCGCGGUGAUGCCAAUCGUGUAUUUGCCGAUGCCUUUGAUGGCAAGACGCUCGAUGAAAUUCUCUUCGACGUGCAGCGCCGUCGCCGACAGGCAGCAGCGACAGAGCGCCGCGCAAGCACCUCGGCCGCCACCACCCAGACACCAGCAUCGUCGUCGAGCUCUUCUUCUACCCUGCCUGAAAGCGCGUUGGAUCACGAUGCCCGGCUGCGACACGUCAUGGAAGAGGCGGCGGAGUCGUUUGCCCGCAAGGCACAGCGGCAGUACGGGCAUGGCAUCCUGCGACACAUCCACGCCGCCGCCUCAUCGUUGCCCGAAGGCCCCGCCCCACCACCGGCGAGGUACAUGCCGUUUCGUCCAUUUGUCGGGAUGGAGGUGCCGGCCGGGGUGCAAACGCCACCAGAGCCGCAGCUGGGUCGCGUGCUGACACCGCACGAAGCCACGAUGGAAAGGACCGCGGAACACGACAGCGCUGCUGCUGGGAAAAAGGAGCGUGUGGCGGCGCAGUUCUACACGCACCAGUACGCAGAUGGCGUUUUGCACACCCGUAUGGCGAGCUUGCGUAAAGCCGCAAAAAGCAUUGAGGGGAUGCCGCACAACAUGGGCCAACUGUACUCCUACCACCGGCCCUAUUAG